GGUUAACAUAUAGUAGUAGACAGUAUGAAUUUACUGAGAAAGGACAAUUUCAUGAACAAGCAUAUUUUCAAUUUAAAGAUAAACAAAUGAUUAAAUCGAUAAAAGAAAUGUUUGGACAUCAUGCUAUGAAUUUUCCAAAAUAUUUGAAUGGAGAUUCUAAACAAAAUCAAGAGUAUA